UUCCUCGAGCGGAGCUGAGGAAAUGGGAUCGGUGAAGUCGGGAAGGGCGACGGGGGUACUCGGCCGAUCAGGCAGACCUUAGCUAGCCCUAGCGGAGGGCGCUCGGAGGAGCUGCUGUAGCCGGCGCUGCUGGGGGCUCGGUCUGUUGCGCUUGGCCACAUCCCCGAAGAUGAAUGGCUGGGUUUCGAGCAUGUUUUGCCUGUCUGUCAUCCUCUUACUGCUGUUGAGGGGUGCCUUUACCCGGAAGAGCCAGGAUCUCCAUUGUGGAGCAUGUAGGGCCCUGGUAGAUGAACUGGAGUGGGAAAUAGCUCGGGUGGACCCCAAGAAAACCAUCCAGAUGGGUUCCUUCCGCAUCAAUCCAGACGGAAGCCAAUCAGUUUUAGAGGUGCCCUAUGCCCGGUCUGAAGCUCACUUGACAGAAUUGUUGGAGCGUAUUUGUGAGCACAUGAACGAAUAUGGAGAGAAGGUGGAUCCUUCCACUCACCGUAAAAGCUAUGUGAGAGUUAUCUCUCAUGAUGGGACUAAAAUGGACCUUUCUGAGACCAAAUUUGAUGGUGACGUGGCAUCGAGCCUGAAAUUUGCUUGUGAGAGUAUAGCAGAAGAAUAUGAAGAUGAGCUCAUAGAGUUCUUCUCCCAUGAGGCAGAAAACGUCAAAGACCGACUAUGCAGCAAACGAACAGAUCUGUGUGACCAUGCUUUGCAUCUCCCACACGAUGAACUGUGACAUGCACAGGCUUGACUAGUUGGGUGGAUGCCUUGGGGUGAUUUAUCCCUUGUGGAAGACCACCUCCCAGUUUCCAGCUGCUCUUCUUUUCAGCAUCUGUCCGUUUUGCAAAGAACAUUGAACAAUCUAUGAUUGUACUUCUGGAAGAAAAUACAAACUUUAUAUAUUGGUUUUUUAAAAAAAAAGAAAUCAAAAGCAAAUGAA